AGACAUGGUUGUGUGUGGAGUCCUCUUUGUCCAGAGAGUUGGCCCCUGGCCUGACUUCAUGGCGUGAAGAUGCAGGACCUGCUGAGCAGUCUGCAGGUGAUCAGCUGUCCCAGGAACUGGAGCAUGUGAAGAAAGAGUUGGAGCGAGUGAAGGAUGAACUUGGUAUGUGGAGCUGGCUAUUCUGAGGACUGCAGGACACCUGCAAUCCAGCUGACAAGACUGCCCAGUGUGAAGCCUAUCAGCAGACAAUCUUCUCCUUGCAGGCUCAGCUCAGAGCAGCAGGAAUCUGUGUAAAAGAUGCAGCAGUGUUUGACAGAGGUGACCUGGGGAGAAACUGACAGCUGGGACAUGGGGACAGACAACAGCUGUGUGAGCCUCUGGGGCAGUGAUAUAUGUGGAGCUGUUGAAUGAAUUAAUUAUCUAACUCCUUAUAUGUAAAAUAAAGAUGUCUUUUGCAGUAGUGCUUGCUGUCUGCUUGGGUAGAGGCAAUGCUGCCAGUGCUGCCCACUGAUCCCCAAAGUACUGGGCGAGCAGGGCAUGUCAGUGUUUGGCUACAGCUGGUUUUGCUCAGCCAGAGAUCUGAGGUCUGUUACAAGGAGGAGCUAGGUGCUGGUGGAUGGAGGUUAUAUACUAAAGCUAUACUUUAGUAUAGCUCUGGGGAAGCAUUUCUGGACAAAACUGAUGCUCCCAGGUGGGAUGCUUGGAUGUGGUGGUUGUGGGCAGCUGUGUGGGCAGGUUUCUUCCUUAGACCACCUUCACAUUGGAUGUGGGAAAAGCCAAUGCUGGCUGAUGGCACAUUGGGUUUCUGCAGCCUUUGGUUAUUUAUUAAUGUUUUAUUAUCCCUCCCUGUUCCUCCAUGCUGGCACUGGGAGACCUGCUUUGCUGCCUUCUCUCUGUGUUUGGUUGAUGCAGUCACCUUGUUGUUCUGCCUUGUGUCUGGGUGAGGCGCUGGAGAGUCCUGCUGUCUGGUGCUGGCAGUGCCCUGAGGUUGGGCUGGUAAGGCUGGCCUGUUCAUGCUCCUCUGAUAUUUCUGGUUGGUGUUCUGGCUGCCUUGGAAUGCACAUUCACAGGCAGCCCACAGCCCUUCCUGGGGCACUGCUUCCUGGGAAGCUGUGUCAGCUGUCUCCCACCCCUGCUUGGCACUUGGUUGCUGGGGCAGCUUCAGUGCUGGCACAAUCUACAGCACAGAGCCCCAACAAGCUGUUAUUUUCCCUAUACAUGCCUGGUGAAGAUAACUCCUUGGUGCAGGUACUAAGGGAGUUGACUAGAAAAAGUGCCCUGCUAGAUUUAUUAUUUGUAAAUAGAGAGGCACUUGUGGGUGAAGCUGGACUUAAUGGUCAUUAUAGGUCCCUUCCAAUCUGAAAUAUUCUAAUGCUUCAGUUGUGGAAGGUGGCAGGGGCAUCCAAGGACUGAUGUGGAUCUAUUUCUGCAGGGCUUCUGGCCCUCUUUAUGGGCUGGAGCCAUCUCCUACUCUCCUUUGAUGCCGGCUGCAAUGUGCCUUCCUGUUUGCCUUCCUGUUGAGACGUGCACUUGGCUUGUUCCAUGCCUCUGCCUGCUCCCAGCCCUUGGCCUGUGCUGCUGGAUCAGGGCCCUGAAUGAUGGGAAUGGAGAGCAGUAAGACUGGGAGGUGAGGAUGGGACACUGGGAAGACACAUGUGGGAGCUGGAGGCGUGUUCUGGUGUCCUGAUGCUGCCGCUUUCUGGAAACUGCCUCCCAGCGCCUGAUGUUGCAAGGUUUCUGGCAACAGGCAAAUCAUGUAGUCUGCCCCCUCACUGUUCUAGGUACCCCGUAUCUGCUUGUCUGAGACAGGGUGACCCUGCUCGGAGUCCUGCUGUGCCCGUGAUGCUGCCUACCCUGCCCGAGAACGUUCUCGGCGAUGGUGCUGCCCAGCUGAGUCCUUGCCUACAGCUGGUAGGCCUGGAAGGAGUAGAAAGUGUCUGAGUAGGAACAGCCAUGAUGGAACCUCAUGCUGCCUGGAAGUUCCUUCAUCGUGAGAAGUGAACGGAGGGGAAUUGAGCUGGCCUGAAGGGGAUCGCACCUCGGACGAGCCGCGCCGCUGGGCUUUUGACCAGGUGAGCUUCACUGAGAAGACAAGAUGUUGGGGGAAAAAAUGGCCAGUUUUGGGAAGAAGCUGAUCCGGCGGCGCAUGGUGGACCUGACCUCCGAUGACACACAUUUUGAUCGCUGCCUCUCCACACUGGACCUUGUAUCCCUGGGUGUGGGCAGCACGCUAGGGGCUGGCGUGUAUGUGCUGGCCGGGGAGGUGGCCAAGGAGAUGGCUGGUCCUUCCAUCGUCCUCUGCUUCCUGGUGGCUGCUUCCUCAUCUGUACUGGCAGGACUCUGCUAUGCAGAGUUUGGGGCCCGUGUCCCCAAGGCCGGCUCUGCGUACCUCUACACCUACAUUACCGUUGGAGAGAUCUGGGCUUUUGUAACUGGGUGGAACCUCAUUCUCUCCUAUGUGAUAGGUACAGCCAGUGUGGCUCGAGCCUGGAGUGCAGCAUUUGACAACAUCAUCGGCAACCACAUCUCCACCUUCUUCGCCAACAAGAUCACGAUGCACCUGCCCGGAGUGCUGGCCAAGCAUCCAGACUUCUUUGCUUUAAUCCUGAUUUUGCUGCUUACUGUUCUGCUGGCUUUUGGUGUCAGCGAGUCUGCCCUCGUGAACAAAAUCUUCACAGCUGUGAACUUACUGGUGCUGAGCUUUGUCAUCAUUGCUGGCUUCAUCAAGGGAGACAUCAAGAACUGGCAGCUUUCAGAGAAGGACUGUGUCAACUUCUCGUUGUCCGACUCACCAGAUGACAUGAGAAAGGCUUUUGGCUAUGGUGGGUUUUUCCCCUUUGGACUGGAAGGGGUCCUGUCAGGCGCUGCCACCUGUUUCUACGCCUUUGUGGGCUUUGACUGCAUUGCCACCACAGGGGAGGAAGCCAAGAACCCACAGCGCUCGAUUCCCAUUGGCAUCAUUGUGUCCCUCCUCAUCUGCUUUGUGGCUUAUUUUGGGGUCUCUGCAUCCCUGACUCUCAUGGUACCCUACUUCCUCCUGAACAAGAGCAGCCCUCUGCCUGAGGCUUUCAAGGCAGUUGGUUGGGAGCCCGCCCGCUACGCCGUUGCUGUUGGCUCACUCUGUGCUCUCUCCACCAGCUUGCUGGGCUCCAUGUUUCCCAUGCCCCGAGUGAUCCAUGCCAUGGCAGAGGACGGGCUGCUCUUCAAGUUCCUCUCCCAGAUCCACAGUGGCAGAAAGACCCCUCUGAUUGCCACCUUUGUCUCGGGGAUCUUUGCAGCGGUGUUUGCCCUCCUGCUUGACCUGAAGGACCUGGUGGACCUCAUGUCGAUCGGCACGCUGCUGGCCUACUCCCUGGUGGCGGUGUGCGUGCUCAUCCUCCGGUACCAGCCCACACAGCCAAACUCCCCGAAGGCCAUGGAAAUGCUGGAGCUGAAUGGGAACGAGGAGGAGAGAGUGAUCAUGAACCCGACCACCGCUGCUGCCAGUGCCCAGCACAAAGAGACGUUGUCCCUGGAAAUGCUCUUCAACCCACCUGGGGACACCCCCACUGUGCUCUCGGGGCGCAUUGUCUAUGUCUGUGUCGUGGUCAUUGCCACACUGAUCACAGUCAUCUGCCUGGUCCUGACCCUCAAUGUGGCUGCACUGAAGGUUGCCAGUGUGGGCUGUGUUGUGGCUCUGGUGCUGCUCCUCGUGGCUCUGCUCAUUCUCACCAUCAUCAUUUGGAGGCAGCCACAGAACAAUGCACGGUUAAACUUCAAAGUACCUUUCCUCCCACUCCUGCCAAUCUUCAGCACCUUCAUUAACAUCCUGCUGAUGGUACAGCUGACUGCAGACACCUGGGUGCGGUUUGCUGUCUGCAUGGUUUUGGGUUUUAUUAUUUACUUCACCUAUGGGAUUUGGAACAGCGUGGAAGGGAAAAAUGCAGAAAAAGCCUGUGCCACAGUAGAAAAGCCUCUGCACCAUCCUGGACUGGACCUCAGCCCUGAGGCUGCUGCAAUCUGAGGGCCUGGGGACCAGUGCUUCAUGGACCUCUUUGCUACUUUGGGACAAGAUCAUGAUCCAGAGCAUACAUCCAUCCCCUUUCCUGCAGAGAGUGAGUCCAAGUGAAGUACUAAGGCCUGAACAACAGGCCUUGAGCUGACCUAGGAUGAACAUUCCAACCAAAUGUAUGUUUCAACUCAUUAAGGAAGUAUUGUAUUAUGUGUUUAUUUAUUGGCAAAACAUGUUCACCUUUAUGUGUCUAGAAACAGGAUAAGGCCACAUCCGGCCUAAUUAGAGGGUGUAGGAUCCAAGACAAUUCCCUUGGAUCCUUCUUGAGCCCUGGCCAGGCUUUAGGAGAAAGCUGGCAGGAAAAUUAUAUUAGAAAUCAUAUCAGCUGGUUUGUUUAGCAUUGUAAAAGCUGGACCACUGUCAGAGCAAAGUGGAGGAGCCUCGUGGCCUGCAAAGGUGGAGGCACUGCAGGAGUUCCCAGUUACUGGAAUGGUUCUCCAGCCCUUGCCUGUGACAGCUUCCCCCCACAGCUGAUGUCUCUUGGACUUGGGUGAUGUAUCUUCACUGGUGAUGUAUUUUUCUUUAUCACUGUAGGCAUUCUUUCGUAGCAGUGAUUAGCAUAGAUAAGCUCAGCUUAUCCCUUUGGAAAUCUUUGCUCAUGGUUAGGUGCCUUGCUUAGCUUAUCCUUUUGUGAUUCUUUGCAGUUUUACUUCAUAGUAAAUGCCACUGUUCCUUAAGCUGGUGUGUGUCUCUACCCUACCCACAAGCAAAACAAAGUGCAGUCAGCAGGGUCAGAACAAACUAUUGCUUUUAAAAUCUAAGUGAAAGGAAUUGGUCCUGCCCAAAAUUCCCAGAUGGGAAGACCUUCCGUAUAGUUCACUGGCCCUCAAGUGGGCUAAGGUUGGAGGACCAUGUGAGCAAUGGGGAAGUCAGUUAAAAGAAGCUGAACUGCUGGAUGUAUUGAAACACAUCCAAAAAUCAUGUACUAAAAAAGGAAAAGAACUUGUGGGUUUGGGAAAGCAAGGAUGGAUUUUGUUAACAGUAUAUCAAACAAAACACCAACAAAAGGAACAGUUGUUGAAAUGCUGUAACAUGGAGUGCCAGAUGUGGGUUGUAGGAUCAAAUUGUAAUGCUAAAGUGCCAAAAUAAGCUGCUUGCUGAUAAGUUGGAUUUACCAGGCUUGCCAAGAAGGCUGCACUUAGAGUAGCUCAGUAUCAUGAAAAGAGGGGCAGAUGAAUCACAAGAAAAUGCAUACAGUGAUUGCAGAGGCAGGUGUGCAGUGGGAUUCUGAUAAAUGGAAUGGAGAUAUUUGGUAGUCUGUGGAUUCUGAUGAGGUUGGUUCCCCAGUUAAAUUUGUAGAUGUGAGACCAGCAUGGAGAUGAAAGGUAGAAUUAGAUGCUAAUGGUCAGGAGGGAUACUUAUAGAGGAUUAUACUCAGCAUGAAGUAAAUUAAAUAUUUGAACAGUUUAAGUAAAGACCAGGGGAACCUCUUUUCUCUUGGAUGGUGUGUUUCCAUAACCAGGGAGCGUCAGAGAUAACCCUAGACUCAGAGGACUCUAAGAGUUUUUCGUUUUGAGCUUGGAUUCUUUUGUGCAGGAUGCAUUUUGGAUUAACAUUCACAAUGCUAAUUAAUUAGCUUUGGAUGUAAUACUAAAUAUCCUACAGAAAAUGAUUGGGCAGGAUCUGAAAGUCAGAGGUAUACUUUGUGAGAUUGUAUACAACAAGAUGUAUGAGAAUCUCUUGUGAUUUUGUAUUUGUAGAUAAUGUUACUGAAGAUACAAGUAGUCACUCCAAUAUUUGUGCCUGUAGCUUUAUUGCAAUGACAGAAUCUUAGUUAUUUAUUUUUUUGUUUAUAUUUUAAUUUUUUUUACCUCCUGUUAUAUCCUGACAAUUUUUGGAAUCUAACUAUACCCAAAUCAAGACUUGCAGCCCACUCCCAUUGGUAUGAACUGGUAAAGGAACUGUUACAACAAACAGACCUGAGGCUUGCUGAAACAACCCCAGGAGAAUGGAC